AUGUGCUAUUACCGCCUCUUCGUCUUCUUGGGCUGCGGCCAUGCGGUGCCCUCGCUACGGCCUGUCCGCCCUUGCGCAGCCGCAGCCGCAAGGUUGAAAUGUAAGAGAGGGGAGAUGCUAAAGCAGCAGCAAAGGGAAGCUGGGGAUGAGGCAUGUGUGCUUCCGCAGGCGGAGGCAGAGAAGCAUACCGCGCUCGAGGGCAUGGAAUGCGGGCCAAACACAGCACCACCGCACACGGCCGUCGCCUGCCUAGCCCUCCGAACGCACCCCUUCCAGUCCCUCAAGCUGCACCGCUCUUGCGCGCUGUGCGAGCGCACGCGCGACGCGCUGCUCGAGCGCGUGGCUGAGCGCCACGAAGUGCGCUUCCGGGACGGGCGGUGGAGGGUUAGGUAUGCGAGUCCGGGGCCUGGGGAGAGGGGCGCGGAGUGGAGCGGGGUGGGGGAGACGUUGGGGAGCUGGGUGGGCGAGUGGAGGGGUGUGGGGGAUGCGGUGGUGGCGGCGUUGAGGGAGCCGGGGGGGAGGGAUAAGGAGAUGGGCAGGGAGAUGGGGUAUAGAGGGUUUGCUGUGUAG